GCAAUAAUCAAGAAAUUAAUGUUAGAGUUAAACGAAACAAAAACAAAACUUCAGAACGUACCAGACAAAUGUCAAGAGUUACAAAGGGAGUUAUCGAAAGAAUUAUGCGAACAAAGGAGUGAAUAUGAUUUUGAAUUACGAAAAGCAAAAACCGAAGCAGUAGAAGCUAAUAACCAAGUUAAAACAGUAACAGACUUUUACAGAAGAGAGAAGGAAGAAAACAGACAACUUCAAAAAGUGAUAAGCAUAAUGACAGAGGAAUUAGAAAUAGGGAAGAAAAAGUUGAGUGAGAAAGAUGUGGAAAUCGACAAGUAUCUCAAUGAUUUUCACUCAAUAUUCGAAGGACAAAAAAGAGAAAGUGAAUAUCCAACAGACGAAGAUGAUCUCCUUGAAACGACACAUUUGAUGAGUAGUGAAGUAAAUAAAGAUAUAUUACAGUAUGUGGGUGAAAAGGUCAUUUCCAACUCUGUACUCCAAAAAUAUCCUGAUGUCAAAUUAAAGAGGAAAAGUGAUAGGUUGAUUUUAAUAUGUUCCUCUCAAGAAAUGGUGAAUGGUGUCCAGCAAUUCCUCAAUGACAUGAUAACAUUUGCUGGGGAUACACUGUCCUGGUCACUGGGCCAGACUAAAAUUGAAUCAGAUCCGGCUUCGUCUGAUGAUAGUAAUCCAACAAUGGUCACUUUUGAAAUGAGUUCAGAUGACUAUGACAAAUUCAAGUUCUUCUGUAAAGAUGACAUACUGCAACAUGCUUCGUAUGAUGGUACAAACUUAAAACUGAGACUGAAAUCGACAGCUGAAAGACAAAAGUAUGAAGAAAUUAUCAUAGCUCAUCAGCAACAACUGUUGUGGUUAGAACACGUGACUGUACAGUAUGUCGAAACCUUGCAAAAAGAUGUAACUAAAGGUGUUAUUGCGGAAGAAUUUCCUACUAUUUAUUGUCAGAUAGAAAAGAACUUCAUUAUUUUAUUUGGAGACGAAUUGUCAAUUCUGCAACGAGCCAAACAACGUUUAGAAAUGAUUUUGAACAUUAACCAACAAUUUCGAAAAGGAAGGAAAUAUAAUGAUAUGACAAAUUCCGAAACCAUUGACGUGUCUAAUUCAAGAGAAAUAGACCAACUUUCUUCUACACACUUUGCAUCUCGAAGUCUCUCCAUGAAUGAUGUCCGCUACGAUGAUGGAAUCUCUGCAAAUUGGAUUUUUACAACUGUAGAAGGCAUAACUGUAAAAGUUUACUUUGGAAGUAUUUUGAAACUAGAUGUAGAUUGCAUAGUUAAGUCUAAAUCUGAAAACAUUUCUUUUCGUUAUGGAAAUUCUGCACCAAUGUAUGAAGCUGCAGGGAGACAGUAUUAUGAAGACCAUGAAAACUAUAUAAGACGUAAUGAUAAAUUUACUGUCCGCACCUGUGUGUCAUCAUCAACUAAUAACCAUUAUUACAAAUACGUUAUACAUACAACUGAACCUAGAUGGCAAGAUUAUAGAGAAAAUGAAAAGCACAAAUGUGCUUUCGAUUUUCAACAAACUAUUGUAUGUUGCCUUGUAGAAGCGGACAAAUUGCAGUUGACAUCAAUCGCCUUACCGUUUGUCAGCACAGGCAUUUCCCCAAUUCCUAAAGAGAUUUGUGCUAAAGAAUACUGCAAAGCAAUAGAAGAGUAUAGCAGAAUCAGAAAGAAUACGUCAAGUUUACUUGAAAUACAUUUUAUAGAUAAAAACUAUGCUCUUAUUAGUUUGAUCAGACAAGAAUUUGCACAAGCGUUCAACCAAUCAGGACAGGCUUGUGUUAGUAAACUGGAACCGGGAAGACAAAAUCUCAAACCAUAUUCCAAGAGCACAAAUGUACGUGCAGCGCAAUUUCCUGUCAGAUCUCGAAUGGAUAAUGGAAACGCAGAGCUCUGUUGUAUUUGCUUGAAAAAGAUAGUGCAACCUUUCCAACUUCAAUGCGGCCAUUGGUUCUGUUCCGUUUGUAUUGAUCGCCAUUUUAAGAAUGAAUCAACAUGUCCACAAUGUGGUGGUAUACAGGGGAGUCAAACAGGGAUACAGCCUCCAGGAAGAAUGGAAGUUAAUAUCAAAAGUUCCUCCCUGUGUGGUUUUCCUGGAACAGACACUAUUGAAAUAGUGUAUAUAAUACCAUCAGGUAUACAAGGGGAAGAGCAUCCGAAUCCGGGGAGACCCUUUGAAGGAAUAACAAGACGGGCAUAUCUUCCAAAUAACACGAAAGGCCAGUUGAUUGCAAAGCUACUGCAAAUAGCAUUUGAUAGACGAUUGAUAUUUACUAUUGGAACAUCGAGAACAACGGGUAAAACUGGAGUUGUAAUUUGGAAUGAUAUUAGUCAUAAGACUAAUCCAGAGCCAAACGCUAUGUUUGGUUUCCCUGAUGAUAUGUACUUUGAUAGAGUACUUGAUGAUUUAGGCUUUAAAGGUGUGACAGAGAAGGAUAUACAGCCCUAAUGAGUGACGGUAUUCAUAUACAGUGAAAUAGAUUUGAAUAUAAAAUCUCAAUAGAUAAAAUGUAAUUAUGAAUCAAGUUUUAUUUCUUCAAAGUGUAAAAACUUUAACAUGUUUAAUAGCAUUUCUUAAAUAAAUUGUGUUUUAUUUCUU